AAGGAUCGGUAUAGCUUUCUACACCAGGAGGGUGGCCAACAUCGUGCUGGCCGCAGCAGUUUUCUUCUUUUUUGUUUCAGCCUAUUCAUGAAGGUUGAUCCUAACAAAACCGAUUAGAAUUAUGGUGCCUCCGACGCUCCUCUCCGGUUCCGAUGCGGUGGAGGAGAUGCACUUUUCGUCACCGCCGAUGGCAAGCGCAGACGAAAUGGUGGUGAAACCUUCCCACAGCGACAUCACCAGCAAUUCAGAAGACAAAAUCCGGCUCUAUUACCACCAGAAGCUCUCCCCCCUCCUCGUCGCACUGACCACGUCCUGCGUCACCGAGGAGCCGAAGGAUUUGGUCACGUAUGUUUUGAAGUGGCUUCGGCGGCACCCGGGGGCGGCGAACGGGCAGGAUUACGUUGGGG